UUCUCCAUUCGUCGCCGCUCGGCUCGUCGACAUUAAGAUAAUUACUUUCCAGCAGGACGUGCGCGCUUAUUGUUGCCGUUACCGCGGCAGAAUGGCAUUAUGCAUUGUCGGCAAGAAAGCUGUAGGGGUGUGUGUAGGGAGUUGGAGGGAGUUGACGUUGCGCGAGGUGCGACAGCAACUGUAGGGGUGGGUGGCACCCACUCCGUACAGUGGCUAACAAAAGUUUCUCCUUAAAAUUCUAACUAGGACUUUUAUUAAAGUAACUUGUAGAAACAUCUGGGCUUAGGGAUGACUGGUGUUCAACUUCAUAUAGCAAGAACUUAGUUGGUAUGCUAGCACAAGAGUUUUAUAGACUACCUUCGAAUUUCGGUUGAAUUAUUUUUUGGAGUCUUCGGAAUUUACCUUACUAACCAACAGAAAGUUAUUUCUCGGAAUUUUGUUUUCAUACCCAGGUUACCUGUGAAUUUUUCUAGACUUUAGAAGAGUAAAAAAAUGAAUUUGACCGGAAACUUUUGGCAACCACUGUAUGCCUUAGCCCGUGGGUGGAGCAUCAUUCCGUCAGUUCCAUGUUUCGCCAUUGAAACUAGCGAGCUUCCUCGAGGAACACAGUGAGAGGGUGGGCAUCCAUCGAUGUAUCCAACGGCUUUCUCCCGGGCCGACGCCAUUAAUGUAAUUAUUUCCAGCGAGUGUUUCACAGCCUGGAGAACGCUUCGCGAGAAUUGAGACUGAUCAGCCGACCGGGCCUGCUACCGAGAAAGAAAAUCCGCGUCCUCGAGGGAUACCCUUCGCGGUUCUCCUCCAUUCUUCCUUCCACCCUUUACUCUUUUGCCCGUCGCUCUUCUUCUUCGCGUUCGACGCUCGCGUGCUUCUCCGGGAUCGCUCGUCACGGCGGCGUCGAAGCGUUAAAACGAGACUCGCUUGUCGGAUUUGUGUCGCUCGCUUGCUACCGCGAUAAUACCCUGAUUUCUCGUAAUGGCUUUUGCUCGCGGUCUGUUGCCUUUCGAUUCUUGUUUUUCCUCUUGCAGAAACGUGCUCUGACAGUUCGCAAACUUUCCAUUUUCUCAAACGAGUAUUCGGAGUUACACUCGUUACAUUGCCGUGUUAGCCACGCGUUAUAUUACCCAUGCGUUAAGUUCCGCACAUAUUUCUUAAGUACGCUUAUUGUCUUUGCUAAGCAUUGUAUUUUUACCACUCGUAAAAAGAACCGAAUCGUAAAUCCCUCCUUCGGAAAUCGAUUGUUCACCGUGCACGGUCGAUUUCUUUCGACGAGAAGUUGGCUCCCGUACCAGUUCGGAACAGGUACGUUUCGUAACCUCGGCGGAAAAAUUCUCGUGGAAACAUUUCGGUGAAUGGCCGGAAAUUCGGUGAGAUAGACAUGCAAGAAAGCUAAAUUCGCCGUGAAGAAUUAAAUCGUUCGGAAAAGGGAGCGGGGUAAAUUUGCUGUUCACGUUGCAUCAUGUCCGUGGCGGGUACGUUCAUCGAGGAGGAUGGUUUCGGAUUUGUACCCAGACCGGAUCGCAAUGCACAAAAUAGACCGUUCGAGAUCGUCAGGAGGUAAAUUGCGGACGCUAUUGAAUACCGUAAAGAAAGCAAAUAUUUCCCUAGCGAAGCAUAAUCGAUAUUUGAACGUUUCGUUACAUGCUCGACUAGAUACACGAUGACCAAUAGACACAGAGCAUCGGUUCAAUUAAUAUCUUGGGGCGCUGGUAUUCAGUCCAUCAAGGUUCCAAACAGGUUCGGAAUUUUGGGCGACGUUGUGUUAGGAUUCGACGACAUGAGCGGUUAUCUGGAGCACAGGUACAUGGGAAGUAUAAUCGGACGAGUGGUGAAUCGAAUAUCGAACGCGAGGGCGAAGAUCGAAAACAGGGUUCACUCCCUAUCGAUCAACGACAGGGAUUGCGCCAGUCAUUUCAAUGGAGGUUUCCUGGGCUUCGACAAUGUUAAUUGGAAUUCUUACAUAAUGAAGAAACACGUGGUGCGAGAAUCGUCGUGGAAGUAGUUCGACAUUUGAUUAUAGAAGUAUGUCCCGAACAGGUGAUGUCGUAUUUGAGUCCAGCAAAUAGCGAAGGAUAUCCAGGAAAUAUGUUAACGCAGAUUAAGUACUCUUGGACGGAUAAUAAUCAUCUUCGAGUUAACAUUCGAGCCACUGCCACACAAUCGACACCUGUUAAUAUCACUGCUAAUUGUUUGAUGAAUCUUGCUGGACACGUAAGAUGAUUUCAGACCGUCACUUUGUCUCAAUAAGGAACUAGAUGAAAUCUCAAGCAAUCUUCGUCAUAGGCAACUGGUCCAGACGAAUUAAAAAGGCACAUAGUCUCCCUGAACGCCGCAAGUUGGACGUUCGCGGAUAUCAAAGACAACUAUUUGCCUACGGGUGCUAUACAUUCGGUUGAUCGAACAGUCUACGAUCUACGUUUACCGACACGGCUCACCAGGAAGAAGCUUUACUGUGUACCAGGAGGCGGUUAUAACCAGAACCUCUGCAUAACCAGCCCCAGUUGCUGGGUCUACCGAUUUCACGCUAGGUAAGCCAACCCGAAUGCGAGAAUAUUUUUGUUGGAAAAUUUUCCGAACUCUGCAUCCAGGGUUUUGCAUCCCAAUUCGGGGAGAACUAUGGAGAUAUACUCGAACCAACCUGGCUUGCAAUUCUCCACUGGAAACGAUCUACCA